AUGGCCACUGCCUUUUCAGUCUAUGAACUCUUCAUCUUCUUAUCCUUCACCUUCUUCAUCUCCUUACCUUGUUUAUCCAUCGACACCGCCAUUCCAAACCCUAAACACCCUCGAUUCGCCAUAGAUCUCAUCCACCGUGACUCUCCACUUUCUCCUCUCUAUAAUUCCGAUACCACUUUUUGGGACAAAGCUGAGAAGUUAUAUGAAACCUCAAUUGCACGCUAUGCCUAUUUAACUUCCAAAAGAAAUGACGAUAAAUACAGAACUUUCACUUUUCUUGAUCUUGAUGGCUUUCAAUACCUCGCAAAACUCACCAUUGGCACACCAACGGUUGAUGUCUUUACCAUCCUUGAUACCGGUAGCCCAUUAUUAUGGAUCCAAUGCAAACCUUGCAUAUAUUGCGAGCGACAGUUUACACCAUACUAUGAUCGAACCAAAUCAACUACUUAUUCGAACAUAAGUUGCAAUUCUUGGGAUUGCGGAUUAGUUCUUGAUCAGGGUUGUGAUAACCAUAAUGUGUGUGUUUACCACAUGAAAUAUGCUGAUAAUAGUUAUAGCUAUGGUUUUCUUGCCACUGAGAUCUUAUCAUUCAGAGACUCCCAAGGAGGAGUCAUGGCUACUGUUAAAGAUGUGGUUUUUGGUUGUGGACUUAACAAUCAUAAUAAAGUUCAGGGCCAAUUUGGUGGAAUACUAGGCCUUGCUGCAACCCAAGUGUCAUUGGUCGAACAGUUAGCUUUCAUUACAAAACCACAAUUCUCAUAUUGCUUGGGUAAUGCAAGUGAACCAGCUUCACAAGGAAAUUUGAUUAUUGGUGAAGAUGCACAUAUCAGUGGCUUCAAUACUCCCUUUAUAGUCGAAGAUGGAUUUUACAAAGUUAACCUUGUUGAAAUUAAAGUGGAUUCACAAAGUCUUGAUAUUCCUCAAGGGGUAUUUGGUCCAUCUAAGAAUGUGAUUAUAGAUACUGGCACUGUAUAUACAUUUCUACCACCAGAAGCACAUGAAAAGCUAGCAGAGGCUAUAUCCCAGACAAUGAAAAGAUUUAAGGUUAAACCAAUUCCACCUAAAAGAGAAGGGGAGUUAUGCUACACAGGAAGGAUUGGAAAAGAUGUAAAUGGAUUUCCAACUAUGACCAUUAGUUUUCUAGGAAAUGCAAAGUUGGUUUUAGAGAGAUGGAGUAUUUUCGUCCAAAAAGAAUAUACAACAUUUUGUUUAGGUUUCCUACCUACUUCUCUCUUCUCUACUGAUGAUGAUCUCAUUAAACCAAGCAUUAUUGGUAGCAUGGCUCAACAGUUUUACAAUUUUGGGUUUGAUCUUGAAUUAUACGAUUUGUCUAUUAUCAAUUCUGUUUGCAUUUACUAA